AUGGCUGGAAAUGAAUGGAUAAACGGAUACUUGGAGGCUAUUUUAGAUGUGGGAAGUGGUAAUAUGAAGAAACGAAAUGAUGGGAAGUUUAAGAUUGCUAAGUUUGAUCAGAUGAAGGAAGACAAGUUGUUUAGUCCCAUUAAGUACUUUGUCGAAGAAGUUACUAACAGCUUUGAUGAGUCUGAUCUCCACAAGACAUGGGUAAAGAUGAUAGCGACCAGGAACACUCGUGAACGAAGUAACAGGCUUGAGAAUAUGUGCUGGCGCAUUUGGCAUCUCGCCCGUAAAAAGAAACAGAUAGCAUGGGAUGAUGCACAAAGGCUUGCAAGAAGGCGGCUAGAGCGUGAGCAGGGGCGUAAUGAUGCUGCUGAUGAUCUUUCUGAGCUAUCUGAGGGUGAGAAGGAAAAGGGUGAGCCCAACCAAUCAGAACCUGUCAAGGAUAUUGCAAGAAUUAACUCUGACAUGAAAUUAUGGUCUGAAGACGAUAAACCUAGGCAGCUGUACAUUGUGCUAAUCAGUAUGCAUGGGUUGGUGCGUGGAGAAAACAUGGAACUGGGAAGAGACUCUGAUACUGGUGGUCAGGUAAAAUAUGUUGUUGAACUAGCUCGUGCUCUAGCCAACACAAAAGGAGUCUAUCGUGUGGAUCUCUUAACUAGACAAAUCACUUCCCCAGAGGUGGACUCCAGUUAUGGGGAGCCAAUUGAAAUGCUAUCAUGCCCAUCAUAUGACAGUGGUAGUUGUGGAGCCUAUAUAAUCCGGAUCCCUUGUGGUCCUCAAGACAGGUACGUACCAAAAGAAUCACUUUGGCCUUGGAUACCUGAAUUUGUUGACGGGGCAUUAAACCAUAUUGUCAACAUGGCAAGAGCGCUAGGAGAAGUCAAUGAAGGAAAGCCAACUUGGCCUUAUGUGAUUCAUGGCCACUACGCUGAUGCUGGCGAAGUGGCAGCACACUUGUCUGGUGCCUUGAAUGUGCCAAUGGUUUUAACAGGGCACUCACUGGGAAGAAACAAGUUUGAGCAACUGCUCAAACAAGGAAGGCAUUCUAAGGAGCACAUAAAUGCAACCUACAAGAUAAUGAGGAGGAUUGAAGCUGAAGAGUUGGGAUUAGAUGCUGCUGAAAUGGUGGUGACUAGCACAAGGCAAGAGAUUGAAGAGCAAUGGGGUUUGUAUGAUGGAUUUGAUAUCAAAUUGGAGAGAAAGCUUAGGGUCAGAAGACGCCGUGGAGUGAGUUGCCUGGGAAGAUACAUGCCAAGGAUGGUGGUUAUACCUCCAGGGAUGGACUUCAGCCAUGUCACAGCACAAGAUUCAUUGGAAGGUGAUCUCAAGUCAUUAAUUGACUCUGAUAGAACUCAAAACAAAAGGAACCUGCCUCCAAUAUGGUCUGAGAUAAUGCGGUUUUUCACCAAUCCUCAUAAGCCCAUUAUACUGGCAUUGUCCCGACCUGACCCCAAGAAAAACGUCACCACAUUGCUCAAGGCUUUUGGGGAGUGCCAGCCUCUCAGAGAACUAGCCAACUUGACACUAAUACUUGGUAAUAGGGAUGACAUUGGAGAAAUGUCUGAUAGCAGCUCAAGUGUUCUUACAAACGUACUCAAGCUCAUCGACAAGUACAAUUUGUAUGGUCAAGUUGCUUAUCCAAAGCAUCACAAGCAAUCUGAAGUUCCAGACAUUUAUCGUCUGGCAGCAAAAACAAAGGGAGUUUUCAUCAAUCCGGCUCUUGUGGAACCAUUUGGUCUCACGGUCAUAGAGGCAGCUGCUUAUGGUUUACCUGUUGUUGCUACCAAAAAUGGUGGACCAGUGGAUAUUUUGAAGGUACUUAACAAUGGCCUUCUAGUCGAUCCUCAUGAUCAAAAAGCCAUUGCAGACGCCCUUCUAAAGCUUGUUUCUGGCAAGAACCUCUGGACUGAAUGCCGAAAGAAUGGCCUAAAAAACAUCCACAGCUUUUCAUGGCCAGAACACUGCCGUAACUACCUCUCCCACAUUGAACACUGCAGAAACCGCCACCCAACAAGCUGCCUUGAGAUCACACCAAUCCCUGAAGAACCGAUGAGUGAAUCUCUAAAGGACGUGGAAGACCUAUCUUUAAGAUUCUCAAUAGAGGGAGACUACAAGCUUAAUGGAGAGCUAGAUGCAAUAAACAAACAGAAGAAACUUAUUGAAGCCAUUACCCAAAUGGCUUCUUCCAAUGGCAAUGCAAGUGUCACUUACAGCCCUGGCAGAAGGCAGAUGCUAUUUGUGAUAGCCACUGAUUGCUAUAGCUUUAAUGGACAGUUAACAGAGACCUUUCAAGAAAUUAUCAAGAAUGUGAUGAAAGCUGGAGGCCAAAGCCUAGGAUUGGGCAGGAUAGGCUUUGUACUGGCCACUAGCUCAAGUUUACAAGAAAUUAUGGAAGCAUUAAGAUGUUGCCAAGUAAAUAUAGAAGAUUUUGAUGCAAUAAUAUGUAAUAGCGGAGGCGAAAUGUAUUACCCAUGGAGGGAUAUGGUGGUUGAUGUGAACUAUGAAGCUCACGUGGAUUACAGGUGGCCUGGUGAGAAUGUGAGGUCAAUGGUGAUGACGUUAGCAAGAGCAGAAGAUGGGGCUGAAGAUGACAUCUCGGAAUACAUUAAGGCAUCUGGUUCUAGGUGCUACUCAUACAGCAUCAAACCAGGAGCCAAGACAAGAAAGGUAUAUGACCUCCGCCAGAGGCUCCGAAUGAGAGGGUUACGAUGCAACAUCGUCCAUACACAUGCAGCAUCAAGGUUGAAUGUGACCCCACUAUUUGCAUCAAGAACACAAGCCCUAAGGUAUCUUUCAGUUAGGUGGGGUAUUGAUCUUUCUAAAAUGGUUGUAUUUGUGGGUGGAAGAGGGGAUACAGAUUAUGAAGACCUACUGGCUGGCCUCCACAAGACUAUUGUUAUAAGAGGCUCAGUGGAGUACGGCAGCGAGAAACUUCUUCAUAGUGAAGAGAGUUUUAAAAGAGAAGAUGUAGUCCCCCAAGAAAGCUCUAAAAUCAGUUUUGUGGAAGAAAAUUAUGAAGCUCGUGAUAUCUCAGCAGCUCUAGCAGCUAUGGGGAUUAAGUGA